UUUAGUUCAAGGGCCGUUUUUACUCAUAGAUGGCGGAGGAAGUUUUGAUAGAUCCUAAUGGGAAAUCUAGAGGGCACCUGACCUCAUCCCUGUUAGCAGUAGCAUUUCUUUCCUCCUUUGGGAGCUCCUUGCUCUAUGGUUAUAACCUGGCUGUAGUUAAUUCUCCUGCAGAGUACAUAAAGGACUUUUAUAACCAAACCACCCUGAGGCGUUAUGGGUCAGGAAUGGAUGAAGAGGCUCUCACGCUUAUGUAUUCAGUCACUGUAUCUAUAUUUGCCAUCGGAGGCCUGUUGGGCUCUCUCACAGUGGGAAUACAGGUUACCAAAUUUGGGAGAAAAGGGACCCUGGUGCGCAGCACAAUUCUGGUGUUUAUUUCUGGAGGGCUGAUGGGCUUCAGCCGGUUAUGUGGAUCUCCAGAGAUGGUCAUCAUUGGUCGCUUUAUUACAGGGAUACAUUCAGGGAUAUCACUCAGCGUAGUGCCCAUGUACCUGGGAGAAAUUGCUCCAAAGAAUCUUCGAGGCUUCCUGGGACUCAUGCCAAGCAUCUUUAUCUGUUUGGGAGUGUUUAUCGCACAGAUUUUGGGGCUCCAUGAGCUCUUGGGCAAGGAAGAGUACUGGCCUCUGUUUCUCUCUCUAGUUGUGGUGCCUGCAUUUAUACAGCUCAUGUUGUUGCCAUGGUUCCCAGAGAGUCCAAGAUACCUGUUGAUAGAAAAGAGGAACAUUCAUGCAACUAUCACAGCACUGAAGUGGUACCGCACUAAGUCUAAUAUCCAGGCUGAGAUGGAGGAGAUACAGGAAGAGCAGCAGUCUUUGUCCUCUGUAGAGUCUGUCUCUGUUCUGCAGCUCUUUAGGGAUCCAUCUGUUCGCUGGCAGCUUGUUACGGUCAUUGUUGUUAAUGCUGGGAUGCAGCUGUCUGGAAUUGAUGCGAUUUGGUUCUACACCAACACUAUCUUCGAGAAUGCUGGCAUUGCUGCUCAUCAGAUUCAGUACACUACAGUGGGCACCGGAGCCAUAGAGGUCAUCGCUGGACUCAUAGGGUGUUUCACUAUUGAGCGUGUGGGAAGGAGGCCUCUAAUGAUUGGUGGUUUUACCUUCAUGGGCAUAUGCUGUGCUGGGAUUACUUUCUCCCUCAUAUUACAGACUCAUGUGGCAUUCAUGCGUUACUUCAGUGUGGCCUGUGUGGUUGGAAUCAUCGCUGGAUUCUGCAUAGGGCCUGCUGGAGUCCCAUUCCUCAUGACAGGAGAGCUCUUUAAACAAUCUCAUCGACCUGCUGCCUACAUUGUAGGAGGAUUUCUCAACUGGAUAUCAAACUUCACUGUGGGCUUUGUCUUUCCAUUCCUUCAGAUGUCAGCUGGUGCAUUCUGUUACCUGGUGUUCUGUGGUGUUUGUGUGGGGGUGACAGCUUACGUCUACUUCAUUAUCCCUGAGACCAAGAACAAAACCUUUGUGGAGAUCAGUCAUAUGUUUGCUUCAAGAAACGGUUGUGAAAUUGAAAACCUGCCGCUAGCCAUCACUGAUCAACUCAGCCUCAAAAAGAUGAACGGGUAUGGAACACUUGCUGUAGAUGUGGACAAAACUGACAAGAUAGAGAACUAGUGGUAAUGACGGAGGGAUGCUGUGUUAUACUGUGUCAUGGUGUAACAAAUCAGUAUUGUCUGAGUGCUGUGAGAAUGUGAUCUUUUUUGAUUAUUCCUCAGGAAUUUUCAUUUUACAAGCUGCAAUAUAUAUAUAUAUAUAUAUAUAUAUAUAUGCUGUGCUGAGGCAAAUUUUUGAGGGUGGUGUAGUUUAGUGUUAAGGGACCUGGGCUGGGUUAUAGGUUCAAAGCUUGUAGGGAGAGUACAACUCAUUUUAGUUUUUUCAGGGGUGUCAAUCUCAUAAUCGUUCGCUAAACUGGGCUAAACGUCACCUCAUGCGAGCCAGUCUUAUUAAUUAUUAAACCUGGGUGUUCCCAUAAAGGGAACUUUUGCUCUUCUUAAAGCUAAAACAUGCAACCCAAGAAAAUAAUAGUUUAUCCAUGUCUCUGACACCCCUGAUGUAAGCAAUCAAAUAUUCACCAAUUGUGCCCUUAGAGUAAUUUUGUUUGUUCUAGAUGAAAAAGAGGACAUAUACGACUCCUACCUGCUGGGGAUCUGUGACUCAGCAAGUGUAAAAUGGCUAAAAGUAUUAUAGUGUAUAAAUUUGGUGAACUGCCCCCUCAUGUGGGGGAAGAACAUAGAUCAAAUGUAGCAUGUAAAAUAAGUCAUUAUGACAUAUUCUGACAUAGCUGAGCGGAUCCAAAUAGUUUUUGUUUGUUGUUUUGUUUUUUUAUGUUGAGACCUCACACUAUCCUGUGAGGUACAUUUAAGGUGCAUUUCUCACAGUGUACCAAAGCAUGUGGUCUCCAAUACUUGAAUCAAUAUAAAAAAGUACAUACCGUACAUGUACUGUAUGCAAAACCAUACACAUGGACUAGAAUUUAUUAGAUUGUGUCAUUUUCCCAGAUGUGCAUGACUUUCUUUUAUCUGCUGAACACAAAAA